AUGACCAUGCUGAUGAUAGCAAGUCUACAACUGACCAUACUGGUGAUAGAGAGUAUACAACUGACCAUACUGGUGAUAGGAAGUCUACAUCUGACGAUACUGAUGAUAGCCAGGCUACAACUGAACAUACAGAUAAUAGUCAGCAAAGCUACAACUGACCAUACUGAUGAUAACAAGACUACAACUGACGAUACUGCUGAUUGCAAGACUUCAACUGACCAUACUGAUGAUAGCAAAGCUAGAACCGAUCAUUCUGAUGAAAGCAAAGCUACAAAUGACCAUACCGACCAUACUGAUGGUCCCAAAUCUACAAAUGACCAUACUGAUGGCAACAAAUGCAGAACAGACACUACUUAUGAUAGCCAUGCUUCAACUGUAUAUACUGAUGAAAGCAAGACUGGAACUGAUCAUACUGAUGAUAGCAAGACUACAACUGACCAGUCUGGUGAUAGUAAGUCAACAACUGACCAUACUGAUGAUAGCAAGACUACAACCGAUCAUACUGAUGAAAGCAAAGCUAUAAAUGACCAUACUGAUGGUCGCGAAUCUACAACUGACCAUACUGAUGGCAACAAAUGCAGAACAGACCUUACUAAUGAUAGCCAUGAUUCAACUGUAUAUACUGAUGAAAGCAAAACUGGAACUGAAGAUACUGAUGAUAGCAAGACUACAACUGACCAUACUGAUGAUAGCAAAUCUACAACUGACCAUACUGAUGGUAGCAAGACUACAAUUGACCAUACUGAUGAUAGCAAUACUACAACUGACCAUACUGAUGAUAAGAAGACUUCAACUGAACAUAAUGAUGAUAGCAAGACUACAACUGACCAUACUGAUGAAUGCAAAGCUACAACUGACCAUACUGAUGGUAGCAAGACUACAACUGACCAUAAUGAUGAUAUAAAGACUGCAACUGAUCAUACUGAUGAUAGCCAGGCUACAAAUGACCAUACUGAUGAAUGCAAAGCUACAACUGACCAUACUGAUGGUAGCAAGACUACAACUGACCAUACUGAUUAUUACAAGACUACAACUGACCAUACUGAUGAAAGCAAAGCUACAACUGACCAUACUGAUGAUAGAACGACUGCAACUGAUCAUAUUGAUGAAAGCCAGGUUACAAAUGACCAUACUGAUGACCAUACAUUAGUAGAUUUGCUGUCAUCAAUAUGCCCCAGUCACAUAUUACCACUGAUGGAAAAGGCAGUCCUGGAUCGCCCUGACCCCCCCGGAUCAAGUACCGCGACGAACCGGGGCAAAUCGUGGCCUUUUGGGAUAUUUGAGCGACGGCGGUCUUUCAAAGAUGACACACGGCUUCCAUACGGACCCAACCCGGCAACAACACGCCAUCAACACGGCGCCCACGUGGAUUUUCCUGGACAGUCACGGCAGAGACGCGGAUAA